AUGUCCUCCCAGAACCUCACUGUAGUGACAGAGUUCAUUCUCUUGGGACUCACAGAGGACCCAGCACUAGAGAAGAUCCUGUUUGCGGUGUUCCUGGUGAUCUACCUCAUCACACUGGCAGGGAAUCUGUGCAUGAUUGUGCUGAUCAGAACUAACUCCCACCUCCAAACUCCCAUGUAUUUCUUCCUCGGACACCUCUCCUUCGUAGACAUUUGCUAUUCUUCCAAUAUUACUCCAAAUAUGCUCUGCAGUUUCCUCUCGGGCCAGAAGACCAUCUCCUAUGCAUUGAGCCAUGAGGAUAUAGAAAGUCUGAAAGUCUUGGAUCGCUACGUGGCCAUCUGUAGCCCUUUACAUUACAGCUCCAGGAUGUCCAAGAACGUCUGUGUCUGUCUCGUCACUGUCCCUUACGUGUUUGGCUUCCUCAAUGGACUCUCCCAGACACUGCUGACUUUUCACUUGUCCUUCUGUGGCUCCCUGGAAAUCAACCAUUUCUACUGUGCUGACCCUCCUCUCUUAAUGCUGGCCUGCUCUGACACUUACAUCAAAAAGAUGGCAAUGUUAAUAGUAGCUGGAUUUACUUUCUCAAGCUCUCUCUGCAUCAUUCUUCUCUCCUACUUUUUCAUUUUUGCAGCCAUCAUGAGAAUCCGUUCUGCUAAAGGAAGGCACAAAGCCUUCUCCACUUGUAGUUCCCAUCUGACAAUGGUCACCAUAUUUUAUGGAACCCUCUUCUGCAUGUACUUAAGGCCUCAUUCAGAAAAAUCUUUAGAAGAGUCCAAAGUAUUUUCAGUUUUUUAUACCUUUGUGAGCCCAAUGUUGAACCCACUAAUCUAUAGUCUAAGGAACAAAGAUGUGAUUCAUGCCAUGCAUCAAGUGAUAAGGGGAAAAGUCUUUCACAAAAGUGCAGUUUAG